AUGAGGAUGUUGAAAUUUGCGACUGUAGCAUUAUCGUUACUCGUGGUCUGUGUGAAAGGUUACGAUGAAAAAUUCGAUAAAAUCGAUAUCGAUAAAGUGUUAAAAGAUGACACCUUGUUAACCGCAUAUUUAAACUGUUUCCUCGAUAAAGGACCAUGUACUGAGGAGUAUUCAUCAGAAUACAAAGAAAUGUUACCGGAAGUAAUGUCGGACGGCUGCGCGAAAUGCACUAAAAUACAAAAAGAAAACUUUAAAAAAGUAUUGAAAGAGGUAUUUGAAAAUAAAAAAGAUGUAUUAAUGGAAAUCAAGAAAAAAUAUGACCGUAACGAUGAAUACGACGAUAACAUCAGAAAAAUAUUAUCAGAAUAA